AUGAGUUGUGCACAUUCCUUUUGGCCUGUGGUAUCCACUGUGAAUGGAUCCAUAUCGUUUUUCAGCUCGUUUGUGGCGCUAUUCCCACAGAUUUUGGAAACGUACAGAGACAAGACCGUCGAUGGUCUGUCGCCUUUGUUCCUGAUAUGCUGGCUCUGCGGUGAUGUGACCUCGCUCAUUGGUGCGUUGAUGACGAACCAGUUGCUCUUCCAGGUUGUCCUUGCAGUUUAUUUCUUAUUUAACGACAUGGUUGUAUGCGGACAGUACUAUUACUAUGGGGUCGUCCACGACAACACCUUAGCCACGAUUGGCCACGAACCGGUCCCCGUGCUCUCUCGAGUGUCACGCGGGUCCAACCUCUCCUACCAUUCGAUAGAGGAGGCACUCGAGCGGGAAAGAGCCGGUGAGAGGGACACUAUAGGGAGCGACCACUCCGGACAGCGCGGGACGCCUGGCCGUAGCGGUAAAAGCCCCGCGUUGGCAUUCACGCUAGCGCUAGCGUCACGAAUCAACGCGAGCAACGCGAUGCCCGUCCUGCUUCUGUCUGCUUCGGCGUCCGCGAGCCGCCCGCCCAUGGUGCCCCCACCGCCUAACCAGGGUCACCUGAACGACGAAAUCGGCAUCACUUUAUCCUGGCUCGGAGCGUGCUUCUACGUCGGGGCGCGGGUCCCGCAACUGAUCAAGAACUACAGACGUAAAUCGACAGACGGUAUAUCGCCGUUCCUGUUCGCGACGACGCUACUGGGGAACAUCACAUACAAUGUGAGUAUUUUCACCAGUUGCAACUUCAUCAACGCUACAGACAAGUGGGGGUUCGUGUGGAACGCAAUGCCGUUUAUCUUCGGGAGCGCGGGAACCAUCGCGUUCGACCUCGUGUACUUCUACCAGUACUACGUCCUCUACGCGGACGAUUACAAGCUCAGAAACCUGGAGAGAGAUUACCUAAGUUGCGCGAGCACCGACACGCACCCUGAUGAGUCCAGCUCGUUGCUCGCUGAGGGACACGCGGAGUAA